GUCUUCGCUGUCCGUGGCCACCAAAAUCCCCGUUGUUAUCUGUACUGGCACAGUGCAGGGAACUCUGGACGACGUGAUGUAUGGCAUCUUCGUGCACGACACGGCUUCUCUUCAGAGACGCAGCCUCUACGGCAAGGACGGCCUGGACGACUUCCAGCGGGACUACGUUGUGUUGAUACGCACGGGAUUCGCGACCAGCUCGCGCGGCGAACGCAUUGGCUACUGCAUCGCCCAGUCGGUGUCGCACGCGGGCCUGCCAGAGCUGAAGACCCUAGGCAUCGUUCGCGCCAGCGUGUCCUUCUGCGUCAUCUUCCGACAGCAAAGCGACCAAAUCGUCGAGGCCUUCGCGCACGCAGUGAUCGACCCUGGAGGCACAAUGCUCACGUUCUUCGCACUCCAGGAGAUCGCGAAUAGUAUUCUGGGCAUGGGGGCUCCGAUCGAAUGCGCUCAAGGCAAGAAGUUGCGGUGGUACACAGCGAUCGAGAGUGAAGACCGGAAUACUUGCGCGUAUUGCCACAAGUCCAUCGGCAAACUCUUCUCGACCCAGAGUUGCGUGUGCAAGCGUUGCAGUGUGAACAAGGAGCUCGUGGUGCGGUCGAGCCACAGCAAGUCGGGGAUGGCAGCUCAUGCUUACAACUUCUGCCUCGUCUGCUUCCUGGCUGCUAGGAAUCUCUCGACGGAGGAGAUCCAGCGGGAGGAAGUCGUGUAUAAGCGCUUCGUGAAUCGGUGA